UUAGGCUUUGGCGGGACAUCUCUUUCUUUAAUCUUAAACCCCCUUAUUUUUCAUUAUAUUUCAAAUUUCAACCCCACCAUUGUCUGCCUGCUCAUUUCAAUGGUGAAAAAUUAAACCAACUUAAACCCCCAUAUUUUACUGCUAUUUUACGCUAAAGCCAUUGUCUUUUCGGUCUUCACUUUCUCUUCUUUCUAAAGAUUCUCAAGGUUUUUUCUUGCUUUCUAAGUCCCCCCAGAUCUUACAAUUAGGAAUAUCUUGGUUGCACUUUGUGGGGUUAAAAGUUUGGGUAUUUAAAUUCACAUUGUUUAAAGUUUAGGGGUUUGGAUCAGAAGAAGUUGCUGGAUCUUUAAGUUGCUGUUCAAAACUGGAAGAGGGAAACUGAGAUUGGUAUUGUCAGGACUUUGGGGGAAAUGGUGGUUUGUAGCUGAUGCUAAACUGGAUAUGCAACAAUGUCGAGGAUCACUAAGUGGAAACUUGAGAAGAAUAAAGUGAAAGUGGUCUUUCGGCUUCAAUUUAAUGCUACUCAUAUACCACAAACGGGAUGGGACAAGUUAUUCAUAUCUUUUAUCCCUGCUGAUUCUGGAAAAACAAUUGCAAAGACAACCAAAGCCACUGUAAGAAAUGGAACAUGCAAAUGGGGUGAUCCAAUUUAUGAAACAACAAGGCUUCUUCAAGAUGUCAAAAACAAACAAUUUGAUGAGAAGCUGUACAAACUUGUGGUUGCCAUGGGUUCUUCACGGUCUAGUAUCCUGGGUGAGGCAACAAUUAACCUUGCUGAUUAUGCUGAAGCUUCGAAGCCUUCUGCUGUGGCUUUACCUCUUCAGGGAUGCAACGCGGGAACAGUAUUACAUGUUACAGUUCAGUUGCUAACAUCUAAAACAGGAUUCAGAGAAUUUGAGCAGCAAAGGGAACAUAGGGAGAGAGGAUUGCAGUCAGGAUAUGAGAACAAGCAUGAUGACUCUGUUACCGGGAAAGUGAUAUUUUCAGGAGAGACUGGUCAUGAUCACAUUGAUAAGGUUAGUUCAAGGGUCAGAUUCAGACCAGACGCUAAAGAACUCUCUUCUGUUGAGGAGGAAGUGGAACGAAACGAGGAAUAUGCUGACUUAACAGCUGGAUUUGAUGGUUCUUCCAAUACUUCAGAGAGUCUUUAUGCCGAAAAGCAUGAUUCAUCAAGUGCACAUGAAACUGAUAGUCAAGGCCUGCAGUCAGAAAAAGGUAAUAAAUCUGACAAUCAAGCAAUGGCGCAGAGUAGCAGUUCAGUUCAUGGAUGGGCGUCAGACUGCUCAAUGGAUAAUGAAUUGGCAAUUGCUUAUGAGGAGAAUAAUAGACUUAGAGCGAGCCUGGAAUUGGCAGAAUCAUCAAUUUUUGACCUUAAGCUUGAGGUAAGCGCUCUGCAAAGUCAAGCUAAUGAAUUCGGCUCUGAAACAGAAAAGUUUUCUCAGCUACUUACUGCUGAGAUAUCCUCUAGUGAGGAGUUGGCGAAAGAGGUUUCUGUUCUUAAAUCAGAAUGUUCAAAUUUCAAAGAUUCUAUUGAAAGACUAAGAACUUUGAAAUCAAGUUGUCAAAAUGAUGGUGGUGAAAGUUGUGUUGCUGAUUCUGGCAGCUUAGUUCAAGAUUUACAGCUAAGAUGGAUGAAAGGAAUUUCAGUGGUUGAAGAUAGAAUCAAAGAACUUCAAAAUAAAGUUUGUCUUGGAUUCUAUGAAAGAGACUACAGGUUUCUUCAUUCGGAAUUGGAGGCAUUGCUUCAAAUUGUACAGGAGGUUAAACUAGGAGCAAGGGAUGAGAUGUCAUUGCUAAAUAAAGUAACAUCAGUGGAUGUAAAGGAGACUAGAGUGACAGAAUUACCCAAUAUCAAUCUGCCUUUGCCAGGGCUUGGGUUGGAAUUGGAUCUUUGUACACCAGAAAAUUUGCUUCAUCAUAUUGGCAUACCCCCACUGGUUUCUCAAGGGAAUGAUUGCACUGUUGCUGUUGAUGCAAUGAAAGCCAAGAUUUUUGAUCUGGUAAGAGAAGUGGACGAGGCGAAGGUUGAAAGGGAAACUCUGGUGAGAAAAAUGGAUCAGAUGGAGUGUUACUACGAAGCUCUUGUUCAAGAACUCGAGGAAAAUCAGAAGCAAAUGCUGGCAGAAUUGCAGAAUCUUAGGAAUGAGCAUUCGACAUGCCUUUAUACCAUCUCGAGUAGCAAAGCUGAAACGGAAUUAAUGCGACAAGAUAUGAGUCAACGUCUGUUACAGCUUGCUGAUGAGAGACGGGAUUUGGAUACACUUAAUAAGGAGCUCGAGAGAAGAGCUGCUACUUCAGAAGCAGCUCUGAAAAGAGCCCGCUUGAAUUAUUCUAUUGCAGUAGAUAAGCUGCAAAAAGAUUUGGAGCUUCUUUCCUCACAGGUGGUGUCCAUGUUCGAGACUAAUGAGAACCUCAUCAAGCAAGCAAUUCCAGAACCUUCACAAUCACAAUUCCUUGGGUAUUCAGAUGUAGUUCAGAAUUUAGAAGAAUUUGAUAAUAUAGAGCAGUUGCCGUCUCAGGAUCAACAUGUGACUGCAAGGAAACUAACACUCAGUGGAGAUGUCCUUACCGAUGACUUGAAAAGAUCACUCUGCUUGCAGGAGGAGCUUUACAGGAAGGUUGAAGAAGAACUUGGUGAUAUGCAUUCAGUUAACUUGCACUUGGAUAUUUUCUCCAGGGUUUUACUUGAAACUGUGAUUGAAGCUAAUGCUAGUGCUGGAAUGAUGAAGAGAGGUAUGAAUGAACUUGCUCAGCAGUUGGAGGCUUUGAAUCUCAACAAGGAGCAGAUGGUGAUAAGAUUGCGGGCUGCUUUGGAAGAUGUUCACAUUUUGCACAAGGAGAAAGAAAGUUGCAUCCUCAGAUGCAGCGAUCUUGUUCUGCAUAAUCAAUCUUUGGAAGCUGAACUUGCGAUUCUUUCAAAGGAAAACUGUAUCCUCACUGAGAAGGUCAUGGAUUUGGAAGCAAUCAAGGUGCAACAUACAGAAACUCAGAAUAGAUAUGAAGCUUGUGUGGAAGAAAAUGUAGCACUCUCCACUUCACUGAAGCAGGAAUUGACGAACAACAGUAUGCUUCAAGAUGAGAUUUCACUUCUGAAGGAUGAUUUGCUAACUGCCAAAGCCAACUCAGAGGACUUGGCUUCCUCAAAUGAAAAUCUUCACGAAGACAUUAGCUUUGUGCAGGGUAAGUUGACUGGUAUGUUGGUAUCUUAUGAGAAGGAACUAUCUCUUCUAUGCGAUUCCUCUUGCCAUGAGUUGGAGUUCAGGGAUAUAAGAGGUCUCACCAUGCAACUGGAAGAGGUGCAGUAUAGUGUGUGUAGCAAGAUUCUUCAACUUAUGCAGGAGAAGCAAAAUCUAGAACGUGAAAAAUCAGUUGCCGAGAUGUCCUUGAAUGCUAGUAGAUCAGAAAUAAUUUCCGUGAAGCAAAAGUGUAAAAAUGAUAUACAAAGUAUGGUAGCUAAAUUUGAUGUGUCAACUGCCCUUGUGGAGAAACUUCAGGUUGAGCUUGAAUCUGUGACCAAUAAACUUCACCUUAACUCUGAAGUUGAAGAAAAAUAUGCACAACAGAACAGAGAGCUUCUGGAUGAUCUUGCUUCCUUUGAAGUGGAGCUACAAAAUUUAGUCUCGAAGAAUGGGCAUAUUUCUCAAGAGAUCCUGGGCUUGGACUCUAUAGCCAACGAGCUUGAGCAGAAUGACUCGGAAUUUGCCAAGCUUACAUCAGAAGUUAGUCUUCUGAGAGACAAUUUGAGAACUCUGCAAGAUAAAUUGCAACUUGAGAGAGAUCUUAAGGAUAAACUAGAGGGUUCAGUACAAAAUCUUACUUUGCAGUUGAAUGAAAAGGGUGACAGGAUAGUGGAUUUGGAAAAGCAAAUUGCUGAAAUGGUGCAUUUCAGGCAACUGGCAUCAGAUUUAGAGAGUGAGAAAUAUAGACUUAGCCAUCUUUUGCAGCAGCGUGAUGGGCAUGCAGCAAAGCUUCAGGAAGAGUUAUCCUGUGUGUCUGGUCUAGAGGGCUCUGUAAGAGAUCUUGCUUCUCAAUUGAAUGAGAAGCAUGACAGGUUACUGGAUUUGGAAAAGCAAAAUGCUGAAAUGGUGCAUUUCAGGCAACUGGCAUCAGAUUUAGAAGUGGAAAAUUCUAGACUUGAUCAGCUUUUGCAGCAGCGCGAUGAACGUGUGAUAAAGCUUCAGGAAGAGAUGUCCUAUCUUUCUGGUUUAGAGGAAUCAGUGAAAGGACUUACUUCUCAACUGGACGAGAAGAAUGAUAGGUUAGUGGAUUUGGAAAAGCAAAAUGCUGAGCUGGGGCAUUUCAUGCAGCUGGCAUCAGAGUUAGGAGUGGAGAAAUCUAGAGUUGAUCAGCUUUUGCUGCAGCGCGAUGAGCAUGUGGCAAAGCUUCAGGAAGAGAUGUCCCGUCUUUCUGGUUUGGAGGACUUAGUGCAAGGUCUUACUUCUCAACUGAGUGAGAAGCAUGAAAGGUUACUGGAUUUGGAAAAGCAAAAUGCUGAGCUGGAGCAUUUCAGGCAGCUGGCAUCAGAGUUAGGAGUGGAGAAAUCUAGAGUUGAUCAGCUUUUGCAGCAGCGUGAUGAGCAUGUGACAAAGCUUCAGGAAGAGUUGUCCUGUAUUUCUGGUUUAGAGGGCUCAGUGCAAGAACUUACCGCUCAACUGAAUGAAAAGAAUGAGAGGUUACUGAAUUUGGAAAAACAAAAUGCUGAGCUGGUGCAUUUCAGGCAGCUGGCAUCAGAGUUAGGAGUGGAGAAAUCUAGAGUUGAUCAGCUUUUGCAGCAGCGUGAUGAGCAUGUGGCGAAGCUUCAGGAAGAGUUGUCCUGUGUAUCUGGUUUAGAGUGCUCAGUUAGAGAUCUUACUUCUCAAUUGAAUGAGAAGCAUGACAGGUUACUGGACUUGGAAAAGCAAAAUGCUGAACUGGUGAAUUUCAAGCAGCUGGCAGCAGAUUUUGAGAUGGAGAAAUGUAAACUUGACCUACUUGUGCAGCAGCGUGAUGAGCAUGUGGCUAAGCUUCAGGAAGAUUUGUCCUGUGUUUCUGGUUUAGAGAGCUCAGUGCGAGAUCUUACUUCUCAACUGAAUGAGAAGAAUGACAGGUUACUGGAUUUGGAAAAGAAAAAUGCUGAUCUGGUGCAUUUCAGGCAGCUUGCAUCAGAUUUAGGAAUGGAGAAAUCUAGACUUGACCAUCAUUUGCAGCAGCGUAAUAAGAAAAUGGAAAAACUUCAGCAAGAGUUGCUAGAAAUACAAGAGUAUGCCAUAGCUUCUGAUGUUAAGUUCACAGUUGCCAUGAGCCGCUGUGAAACACUGGAUCUGGAACCUGUGCGGCAGCUUAAAUCGUCGGGUGGUUCCACUGCCGAGCUUCAGAAUAGAUGUCAUGAUUUGCAGGCCAAGUUGAAUCAAUGCCUUGCAAGAGAGGCUUCUUCAAUUAAAGAAAACAAGGAGUUGGAAAGAUCUCUUUGUGCUGUUAGAUCUGAUUUAGAAGCUUCUAUUGCUCAAAAUAAUGUUCUUUCAGAUGCCAAGUAUGUUAACACAGUGAAACUUGAGGAAUACAAGAAGGAGAUAGCAAUAUUGGAGGAUUCUCUCCUCAAAACCAAUAAUUGUCAUGCUCUUGAGGUGGAGAAGUUGAACAACGUGCUGGCAACCACCGAAGAAGAACUUAAUUACUUGUUACUUUCCAAGGAGGAACUGGAGAUCAUGGUGAUUGUGCUCCGAGGUAAAGUAGAUGAACUGCACCCCUACACGAUUUUACAGGAGAAAAAAAAAGAUGAAAUGAUCACCUUGCAGUUACAGUGUAAUGAGCUCACCCACAGGUGUAAUAAGCUUACUCACAAGCUCUCUGAGCAGGCCUUGAAGACGGAAGAAUUCAAAAACUUAUCCAUCCAUUUGAAGGAGCUCAAGGAUAAGGCUGAUGCAGAAUGUCUCCGGGCUCGUGAGAAAAGAGAAUCUGAAGGACCACCAGUUGCUAUGCAAGAAUCCUUGCGAAUAGUCUUUAUUAAAGAGCAAUAUGAAUCAAAGUUCCAAGACUUGAGGCAACAAGUUUCUAUGUCCAAAAAGCACGGAGAAGAUAUGCUUUUGAAGUUACAGGAUGCAUUAGAUGAGAUCGAAAGCAGGAAGAGAUCUGAAGCUUUGCACUUGAAGAAGAACGAAGACCUAGCUUUCAAAAUCUUGGCUUUGGAAUCUGAAUUACAGUCCCUGCUUUCUGAUAAGCGUGAAAUAAACAACGAUCAUGACAGAAUAAAGGCAGAAUUGGAGUGUGCUGUGCUAAGUCUAGAGUGUUGCAAGGAAGAAAAGGAAAAACUCGAAAUAACUUUGCGAGAACGUGCGAGGGAAUACUCCCGAAUUGCUGCUGAACUUACUUCGACUAGAGAGCAGCUGAUGAAUGUCACAUCUUCUAUUGUAUCUAAGAGAGAAAAUGGCCAGAUGGGCAAAGUUGAACUUGCGCCUAAUGAGAUAAAUGCAAAUCCUUCUCCUGAUGCCACACCUCAAAAAGAUUCAUCUGAUGCCUGGAAUGUGAAGGAAACAACCUUAUUUAUGGAUGAUAGAAGUGAAAAAUCAAGCUCACCACUGAAACUUCUACUCACUCCGGAUGCUGCAUCAGUAACUGAAGGUUACUCACCACCAAGCAAUGGAAGGCAUAUUGAUUUCAGCAGUGAACAGUUUGGAAGCAGGAAUUUGAGAUCCAGCAUGGAACAAUUACAUGAAGAGUUGGAAAGGAUGAAACGUGAAAACUCUCUCAUUCCUGAGGAACACUAUUCUGAUCCAGAUUUUGAAGUUCUUCAGAGCGAACUCGUGCAAUUACACAAGGCAAAUGAAGAACUCCGAAGCAUGUUCCCAACAUUCAAGGAUAUAGCUAGCACUGGUAAUGCAUUAGAGAGGGUACUUGCCCUGGAAAUUGAGCUUGCUGAAGCAUUGAAGGCAAAAAAUAAACCGAGUAUGUUCCAGAGUUCGUUUCUGAAACAACAUUGUGAUGACGAAGCAAUCUUCAAAAGCUUCAGAGACAUCAACGAAUUGAUCAAGGAAAUGUUGGAAAUCAAAGAAAAGCAUGUAGCUAAGGAGAAUGAACUGAGGGAAAUGCAUGAUCGGUACUCUCAGCUAAGCCUCCAGUUUGCUGAGGUUGAAGGCGAGAGACAGAAACUGAAGAUGACACUCAAGAAUGUCAGAUCAUCUAGGACGAAGCUCAUGCAACUAAAUCACUCCUCAUCCUCCAUUGUGGACAGUCCUUCAUAAGGCACUCUUUCAAUCCAUUUCUUGAUUUGCCUCCAUUUCUUGAUUUGCUCGUUUUACUAAGAGUGCCAAUGUGCUCUAGAAGUUGGUUCAGUUUUAUGGACAAGUAUGCCAAGAUAAGCUCCAAGUAUGGAGGAACCAAUCCUGCAAGCUGCCUUGCUUCUUGUAAAUGUUAAAAUGUGGCUGUCAGAUUUUGUAACCCAUUUAAAUUAUGUGUAGAUCUAGAUAUCCCAUAUAUUAUAGCCUCAUUCCCUCAUUUUUCAGUUGUAUACAAUUUGGCUGUAAUAUUAUGUAUAGAAAUUAGAUUAUCCUGUAAUUAACUCUGCUUCUCUUUUUUUAAGCCUCGCAAGAGGCAUAAAAGUUUGGUAUUGUCAGCUGCUAUGCCUAUAAGUUUUGCCA